AAGCAUAAACGGUUCAUCCUUCUCUUACCACCUUUGAUAGAGUUUAGUUUACCAUUCUCUUUGACCUUUGACUCUCUCGCUAGUAAAAAUUCAAAACCCUAAUUUAAUCAUAUUCCCCCAAUUCUAUCUUUCUCCGAUCUGCUGCAAUUCUUCUCCCGCGAUUGCAGCGGAGGCCAAUCUCGCACACUAGAUCCAUCAUUUUUGUAACGCGAAAUGAAGAACACGGAACGAAUUGCUAAUUUGGCUUUAUUAGGAUUAACCUUAGCACCGCUUGUUUUGAAAGUAGAUCCAAAUUUAAAUGUUGUUUUAACUGCUUGCAUCACUGUGUUUGUCGGAUGUUACCGAUCCGUUAAACCAACCGCACCAACGGAGACAAUGUCCAAGGAACAUGCUAUGCGUUUUCCCUUUGUUGGAAGUGCAAUGCUAUUAUCACUUUUCUUACUAUUUAAGUUUCUAUCUAAGGACUUGGUGAACACUGUCUUGACAGGCUACUUCUUUGUACUCGGCAUUGUUGCACUUUCGGCAACAUUAUUGCCAUCUAUUAAACGCUUUCUGCCAAACCAUUGGAAUGAUGAUCUCAUAGUCUGGCGUUUUCCAUAUUUUCGAUCCGUCGAGAUUGAGUUUACAAGGUCACAGAUCGUUGCUGCAGUCCCUGGCACUUUUUUUUGUGCCUGGUAUGCUCUGCGCAAGCAUUGGCUGGCAAAUAAUAUAUUGGGUCUUGCUUUCUGUAUCCAGGGAAUUGAAAUGCUUUCCCUUGGCUCCUUCAAGACUGGUGCCAUUCUCUUGGCUGGUCUUUUUGUAUAUGACAUUUUCUGGGUUUUCUUCACUCCUGUGAUGGUCAGCGUUGCAAAAUCAUUUGAUGCUCCAAUUAAGCUUUUGUUCCCCACAGCAGAUUCUGCAAGGCCAUUUUCAAUGCUUGGGCUUGGUGAUAUUGUUAUCCCAGGUAUUUUUGUGGCAUUGGCUUUGCGGUUUGAUGUGUCUAGAGGAAGAAAGCCCCAGUAUUUCAAGAGUGCAUUUUUAGGAUACACGUUUGGCUUGGUUCUUACAAUUGUUGUGAUGAACUGGUUUCAGGCUGCACAGCCUGCUCUUUUGUAUAUUGUACCUGCGGUAAUUGGAUUUUUGGCGGCCCAUUGCAUCUGGAAUGGUGAAGUUAAACAGUUGUUGGAGUUCGACGAGUCAAAGACUGCCGAUUCAUCUCAAGAAGAGAGUGAUGCCAAGUCUAGCAAAAAGGAUGAAUGAGUUGAAGCAUGUCCAAUACCGAUGCUUCUGAUUCACUGAAGAAAUACUGUUACUUUCUGAGAAUUCGGAUACUUAAGCUAACUUAUUCAGCAGCACACCUCUGUAACAGACUGUGAUUAGUGAAAAAAAAUAGUCUUAUUUUUCAUAUUGGCAAUUUGCUUUUGCUCGUUGACUGCCCGAUCUGGGUUUCCAUAGCAAACUUUCUAAUGGUUUUCUCACCACCCCCCUCUCUCGGUACUAUACGUGCUUGCACAUAAAUACGUGCUUGCACAUAAAUGGUUAUUUUUACACAAUAUUGACAUGGUUGGUUAGUAUUGAAGAGUGUUUGGGUUUUGUUUGUUCUA